UAAAUGUUACGAUUCAACAAACCGGUACAAGUACAACACUGCGCAAAAAAGCGGGCAACAUUUACUGCACCUUUGACAUUGGAAUGAGUCAUUUUAGUGUACAUAAAAAUAAUAUUUGUGCAAUCUGGUGUAAUAAGAUAAUAUAGUUUUUACUUGUUUGAAGUUGCAGAUCGUACGUGUUUUUAGGGCGUUGCUACUAGAUAUGUAUAAAAUCAAAAAGGAUAUACAAAUUAUAUUUCCUGAGGACGUUAAUAUAGAUUUAAACUCGGAGCCGGAUGAUGAUAGCGAGGUGGUACUGCCAUCAGGCGAUACAACAAAGCUUUCUACGUACAAGAAAAAACUAGAAGCACUGCAGCGUGUGGAAGCGACAUACACAGUGCCAGUGGCGAGUGAUGAGUUUGAAGCAUGGCGCGCGACCACAGAAAACUAUAUCCCAGGCAUGAUUGGACCGCACACGGCAGUUAAACGGUUAGAAGCCAACCCGAUACUAGAGGAGCAGUUCAUGAAGUUGAUGUCGGGCACGAUAUCUUAUAACGACUUUUGGGAAAGGUAUCUAUUCCGCGUGGCGUUACUACAAGACUUUGGCCGCGGUGACCCGCAAAGAGCCAAUAGAGUCAGUCACUGCCGACCCCGUUUUGACCAAUUUACAUCUACAAUCGCCAAUAUAAAUGUAAAAACUGUAAUAAUACGCUACAUCACAUAACGCCCCAAAGAAACUCUCAAAAUAAUAACAAAUAAAGAUAUUUUGGUGAC